UGAACUGAGCCGAAGGCAUAUGCUUAAUGACUGAGCCACCCAGGUGCCCCUGAUUUUGAACGUUUUUAAAAAAUAUUUACCAUGCCAGGCAAUGAAUAAGACAGAAGUCAUUAUCGGCCUCAUCAUUAUAGUAAUAAAAGUGCCUACCACAUAUCUGUUUGUAUAUGUGCGUGUGUAUAUAUAUAUAUUAUAUAUUUGUGUGUGUAUAUAUGCAUGUAUGCCAGGCACUGUUUUAAGCACUGUACAUUUGCUGUAAUUAAUUGUAAUUAAUUAAUUUUCACAGUUUUAUGAGAUUUGCACUAUUAUUGGUACUAUUUAACAGAUGAGGAAACAGACAAUAUGAGAAAUGUGAAGAAAGUUGUCCCAACAUCAGCCAACUGUAUUUGGCAGAGCCAGGAUUCAGUCAAUUCUGGAUCUUUAUGACCCCAAACCUUACUUUAAACAUAUUCUUCUUGUGGCUGUCUGAAACAGAACUUUAGUUAUCAGUAAGAAGACAUGUUGGAUAACAGGAAGAGCUGUAGAGUUUGCAGAUAUCAAUUGUGGCCUUAAUAAGCAUGUUCUUAGCAUCAAUGUGAGACAGAUGGUCCUAUUACUGCUGGAUUGUGCAAGAUAUUUAACCGUGUUUUCUUUGAGGUAUGACUUAAAUAUCAAACAUCUUAAAUAAGAAAAGGGAAACAUUUUAGUUUUGGAAGUCAGAAUGCCAAGGAGAAGGAAAAAUCUUGGGGGAAAUCCUUUUCGGAAGACUGCAAGCUCUAAGGAAGUUGUCGUAUCCGGUGUUGCUAGUCAUGAGGAGCCAACUACUACUCUUCCUUCCAUGUGUGAGACAAAAGUUGAUCAGGAGGAACUCUUCACCAGUAUCUCAGAGAUGUUUUCUGAUCUGGAUCCUGAUGUAGUGUAUUUGAUGCUUUCUGAAUGUGAUUUCAAAGUUGAAAAUGCAAUGGAUUGUCUAUUAGAAUUAUCUGCCACUGAUGCCAAGGUAGAAGAAUCGUCUUCAAAAAGCUUUGCUGCUUCUGAGAACCAAGUAAGUUCUGUGGGACGUGAAAUAAUGGAAAAGUAUCCUCCUGAGGAAGAGAGUGAAGAUUCAAAAAUGGAUUCAUUUUUGGACAUGCAGCUAACCGAAGACUUGGAUUCUUUAAUACAGAACGCUUUUGAGAAACUGAACUCUUCUUCUGAUGACCAAGUAUACUCAUUUUUGCCUUUGCAAGGUGUAAAUAGUUUUAGUGACCCGAGUGCAUUUAUAAAUUCCGAUUCAAGUAGUAUGACUCCCAUUCUUUCUACACAAAAUAUGGAUUUGAACAGUGAAAAUUUAGAGAAUUCUGCCUCUGCGUUAAAUUCAAACACCUUUAUUUCACAUUCUGUUUCUGAUGAGUCCAGAAGUUUUAUAAAGGAUGACACAUUGGCAUUGGAAGAUUCUCUUCUCAGUAGUUCUUUGAAUGUAGCAAAUGACACUGUGGUGGGUGGUAGCAAUCUCAGUCAAAGACAGAAAGAGCUUUUAGAAUCUGAGUGUGUUGAGACUCCGUUCUCUCCAGCCCCUGUAGAUUUGGAUGCCAGCGAACCUCAGGCUCCUUUAAGCCUUACUGUGCAAAAUCUGGGGCUUGAUUUACUAGGUACAAGUGGGGAUCAGAAAUCUACUUCUGUCCCUGAUGUGUUUGUACCUUCUGAAGAAUUCGGUUUCAAGCCACACAAACAUACUGAACUGCCAUCAAAGGGGAAAGAUGUGAAUUACUGCCCUGUACUUACCCCUCUCCCUCUACUGCUGCCGCCUCCUCCGCCUCCACCAAUGUGGAAUCCAGUGAUUCCUGCUUUUGACCUCUUUCAAGGAAAUCAUGGCUUUGUAGCUCCUGUUGUAACCAGCGCCACACACUGGAGACCGGUCAACUACACGUUUCCCCCUCCAGUUAUUUCUCACACUUCCCCAACAAAGGUAUGGAGAAAUAAAGAGGGAAUAAGUGCUUAUCAAGUACAAGAAACCCCAGUUUCUCAGGUUGUAAGAAAGAAGACUUCAUCUUAUGUUGGACUAGUUCUUGUUCUUCUCAGAGGGCUUCCAGGAUCAGGAAAAUCGUUCUUGGCAAGGACUUUGCAAGAGGAUAAUCCAAGUGGAGUUAUUCUUAGUACUGAUGAUUAUUUUUACAUAAAUGGUCAGUACCAGUUUGAUGUAAAAUACUUAGGAGAAGCACAUGAAUGGAACCAGAAUCGUGCAAAAGAAGCAUUUGAGAAGAAGGUGUCUCCUAUAAUAAUAGACAAUACAAACUUACAGGCAUGGGAAAUGAAGCCAUAUGUUUCUUUGUCUCAAAAACAUAAAUAUAAAGUCCUUUUCCGGGAACCGGACACAUGGUGGAAGUUCAAACCAAAGGAACUUGCAAGGCGUAAUAUUCAUGGGGUAAGCAAAGAAAAAAUAACAAGAAUGUUGGAACAUUAUCAGCGUUUUGUUUCAGUGCCAAUAAUCAUGAGUUCUUCAGUUCCAGAGAAAACUGAACGUAUUGAGUUGUGUGCCUAUUCUUGUGAGGACAGAAGUACUAGCCCAAGAGACAAUGAAGAUAUUACCUCUGAAAAAGAAGAAAAUGUUUUAUCCUCAUCUUUGAAGCAUCUAGAAUUAACUGAAGAGAAGAACCUUGAAGUGACCAAAGAAACUGUAUUACCUGAGAAUGUUACAUAUCUCUCUAAUGCAGAUUUAAACAAAGGAAGAAAUGAAAUAAGUGUUAUGAAUCCUACCAUUCAGAGUGCUUUCAUUCAGGAAGUUUCAGACAUGUAUUUUUCUGAUUCUGAAAGCAAAGUACAAGCAACAGAAAAAAGUAAAAAAGGAGAACAGGUGGAACUGGCUUCUGAGAGAGAGUAUGGUAAAACUGAUGCAGAUAGUGUUGUAGAGAGAGUGUCACCGAGUAUUUGCUAUGGUGAAAAUAAUCAAGAAGACUAUGAUUUUUCAAAUACUAUACCAUUUCAUAAUGAAAAAUCUUCACCUGGUGAAGCAUUGGAAGAAAGAGCCACAGUAAGGAAAAAAGCCUUUGGAAAACCAAAAAGCAAGUCAACUUUGGAAAAGUUCCCGAGACAUGAGCUAUCAAAUUUUGUUGGUGACUGGCCAGUUGAUAAGACUAUUGGUCAGAGGACAAAAAGGAACCGAAAAACUGAAAAAGCUUCAUCUGUACAAGGUGACAAAAAAUAUAAUCGCCCUCAGUCAUGCAGAGGAUUAGGUAAUACUCUAUCUGCGAGUAUAGAUCAUAACCAGCAACGAGAAUCUCUGCAUGAAAGUACAGAGGAUGACAAGAAGUCACAGUAUGAUGAUGCUUCAGAAUCUUUCAAUAGCUGUCAAUAUGAUAUGUAUAAAAAUACUGAAAAACAAUCCUUCAGCAUUGUGGGUGACUGGCCUUCAUCUGAUUCCUUAGCUCAGAGAGAGCACAGAUCAAGAAUGCCAAAGGAUGGUUUAAAGAAACCUAACCUAGAAUUUGGAACUAAAGGUAGUAUGAAUGAAAUAUCCUUCUACACAGCACAUGAGACUCAUUGUUGGGGCACAAACCCUGAAGAACUAAAAACCCUGGGUAGUUCCACUCUAGGAAAUUCUGAAACACUACCCAGUGAAAUGACCUGUGAGAAUAAGACUUGUCCAAGUAAAAAGAUUCAUAGACAGCACACAUUGUCUCUUACUUUUACCAAUAGUGAUCCAACUAUUCCUGGAGUAGUAGGACCACAAACUUUAGCUGAAUUUCCAGAAGGAAAAUCUAAAAAAGUCCCUGGAAUAGAAGAAGGCAUGUAUACCCAGACUGAACCACAGGAUUUUGCUCUAUUAUGGAAAAUAGAAAAGAAUAAAAUUAGUGUUUCAGAUUCUGUGAGAGUAUUAACAGGACGAUUAGAUGGAUUUAAACCAAAAGCUUUCAAUAUUAACACAAAAUUAGAUGUCCAAGAAACAAUUCCAUAUAGGGUAAUGUAUGACAAAAGCACUUAUGUUGAAGAAAGCGAGCUUACCAGUGCUGAUGAAUCUGAAAAUCUUAACAUUCUUUGUAAACUCUUUGGAUCCUUUUCAUUAGAAGCCCUAAAAGACUUAUAUGAGAGGUGUAACAAAGAUAUUAUUUGGGCCACAAGCCUUUUGUUGGAUUCUGAAACUAAAUUAUGUGAGGAUACUGAAUUUGAGAAUAUCCAAAAAUCAUAUGAUGAAGCACGAAUUGGGCCAUUUUCUCUGGGAUUAAAUUUGAAGGAAAUUAUUAGCCAAAGAGGAACCUUGGAGCAUUCUAAUUCUUCUGUGUCAGAAUUUAGCCAUGGCACUGCUGUUAGUAACACUAAUAUACAGUCCACCUGUGAUUCAGAAGAAGGAAACUCAGAGCAGGCAGAAAUAAGAGCUAUCACUACUGAAAAACCUGGAUUAAUAACAGGUUUAUUUCCUCAUGCCACUCUAGAUCUAAAGAAUACUAAUGAAGUACUUCCUAGUAGUCAGGCACAACUUCCAGGUCUAUAUAACAUUAAGCAGUCUUUCCCAGGUACUCUGAAAGCUACUAUUGCUAAAGAUGUGAAUGAAAUGGAGAAGAACCUAGAAGUCACAGAGAUCGGAGACAAUAUACAUUCUUCUUUGAAUUUGUCUGAUAUUUUAAACUUGAGCACUUCAAAUCUUGAAUUAACUGAAGAAGUUGAUUUUACUGACUCUCUUGAAAUAAAGAAAAAUGAAAAUCUUCCAAAGGAUUAUGUGAAAUUUCCAAACACUGAAGAUUUUAUGAAUGAAGAUGAACAGGAAAUGGAAAAAAUUCUAAUGGCUGAGAGUACUUUGUCAGCUGUAGUUAGUGAGGAAGAUAAAACUGAGAUGUCGAGUCCCAUGCCAGUGAUGGCCAAAUCUCUGACCAUAGACUGUCUGGAAUUGGCAUUACCGCCUGAGCUGGCUUUUCAGCUCAAUGAAUUAUUUGGCCCUGUUGGUAUUGAUUCAGGGUCUCUGACUGUUGAGGAUUGUGUGGUUCAUAUAGAUCUGAAUCUGGCUAAAGUGAUUCAUGAGAAAUGGAAAGAAUCUAUAAUGGAGCGACAAAGACAAGAAGAGGUAUCCUGUGGCAAGUUUAUACGAGAUCCUUCCGUGGUUGGGCAUGUUGGUCUUGAUAACUCUGAACAAAAAUCAUCUCAGAGAACAGGCAAAAAAUUACUGAAGACUUUAGCAGCACCUGAAAUGCUACCCUUUUUGGAUCAUUGGAACACUCAAACUAAAAAAGUAUCACUCAGAGAAAUAAUGUCAGAAGAAAUUGCCUUACAGGAAAAACACGAUUUGAAAAGGGAGGCACUUAUGUUUGAAAAAGAUUGUGCCACUAAACUAAAGGAGAAGCAGCUCUUUAAGAUAUUUCCAGCCCUUAACCAAAAUUUUCUGGUGGACAUUUUCAAGGACCACAACUAUUCAUUAGAACACACAGUUCAGUUUCUAAACUGUGUUCUUGAAGGAGACCCUGUAAAAACAGUUGUAGCACAAGAGUUUGUUCACCCAAAUGAGAAUGUCACUUCUCAUACUACACAGAAAUCUAAGGAGAAAAAGGCAAAGAAAUCAAAAGAGACUGAAGAUAUACCAAGCGAACCAUCUUUCCAGGAUUUUGAGUACCCAGAGUAUAAUGACUACAGGGCAGAGGCUUUCCUGCACCAACAGAAGAGGAUGGAAUGCUACAGCAAAGCAAAAGAAGCUUAUCGGAUGGGGAAAAAACACGUUGCCACAUUUUAUGCCCAACAGGGUAGUCUCCAUGAGCAGAAGAUGAAAGAAGCCAAUCACCUUGCUGCCGUGGAGAUUUUUGAGAAAGUCAAUGCCUCCCUGCUGCCACAGAAUGUUUUAGAUCUCCAUGGGCUGCAUGUGGAUGAAGCUAUAGAACAUUUGAUGACAGUUUUACAGCAGAAAACUGAAGAAUUUAAGCAGAAUGGUGGUAAGUCCUAUCUCUCUGUGAUAACGGGGAGAGGAAACCACAGCCAAGGAGGAGUUGCUCGCAUUAAACCAGCCGUCAUUAAAUACCUCACAAGCCAUAGCUUCAGGUUCUCUGAAAUUAAACCAGGGUGCUUGAAAGUCAUGCUAAAGUAAAAUAAACGUCUUUGACUUAGAAGUGUGAAGAGAUAGAGACUGCAGGACCGAUGGCUGUGCUCUUUUCCAUGAAGUUUGGAGAUCGAGGAUCCUUUUAUUUUAGCUCACCACUCAUCAUACCCAACGUGUGGUCCUCGAUUCCUAAACCAGGGUGGGUAGCGAGAGCUUUAAUAAUCACAUCUGCAUUCUGUUCGAGGAAGGACAAAGAAAAAAGGAGCAAUGGGCAAAUGCCAGUGAUCUUUUGUAGAAGAUUUUUGGAAGUUGCCAUACAAAACUUCCAUUUACAUCUUAAUGGCUGGAACUUAGUCAUGUGGUCACAUCUAGCUGCAAGAGAGGCUGAGAAAUUGUCUUUAUUUCAGUCUACUGUAUGUUCAGCUAAAAUUAGGGCAUUCUGUUGGAGGAAAGAGAAUGUGUAUUAGGGGAAUUCGUAGCAGUUUCUGCCACAUCAUUUUUGAUCGUUGGAUACAAAUAAUGUGAAAAUCAGUUCUUGAUGCAUUCCUUCAACAUAUCUUUGUUGAUGAUUACCCUGUGCUAGGGAUAAUAAAAAGGAAAUCACAGUUCUAUGUAUUUUUAACUUAAAUGUUCAAAAGAUAUCACUAACCAAACAUGGCUGAUUAGGGUGGUGGUUCCUGAAGGUUUGAGGUGGUUGUAGCAAUUUCUUAAAAUAAGACAAAAAGUUUGCUGCAUUGAUUGUCUCUUCCUUUUAUGAUGAAUUCCUUGUAUCAUGUGGUGGUGUUGGAUAGCAUUUUACCCCCAGCUGACCUUUCAGAAUUGGAGUCAGUCCUCUCAAACCCUGCCACUGCUUUAUCAACAAAGUUUUUUUUAUAGUCUAAAUCCUUUGUUGUCAUUUCAGCAAUCUUCAUAGCUUCUUCACCAGGAGUAGAUUCCAUUUCAAGAAACCACUUUCUUUGCUCAUCCAUAAGAAGCAACUUCUCAUCUCUUCAGGUUUUAUGAGAUUAUAGUCCUAUCUGCAGGCUCCACUUCUCAUUCUAGUUCUUUUGCUGUUUGCACUGUACCUACAGUUGUUUUUUCCACUGAGGUCUUGAAUCCCUCUACAUCCAUGUGAGUUGGAAUCAGCUUCUCCCAGACUCCUGUUAAUGCUGAUAUUUUGACCUCUUCCCAUGAAUCAGGAGUGUUCUUAAUGGCAUUGAGAAUGGUGAAUCCUUUCUCCAAUCCUUUCUCUUCGGGUCCAUCAGAGGAAUUACUGUCUAUGGCAGCUAUAGCCUUAUGAAAUACAUUUCUUAAAAUAAUAAGACCUGAAGGUCAGAAUGACUCCUUGAUCCGUGGGCUGCAGAAUGGAUACUGUGUUAGCAGGCAUGAAAACAACAAUCUCGUGCAUCUCCAUCAGAGCUCUUGGGUGACCAGGUGCAUUGUUGAUGAGUAGUCAUAUUUUGAAAGGAAUCUUUUUUUUUUCUGAGCAGUGGGUCUCAACUGUGGCUGUAAAAUAUUCAGUAAACCAUGUUAUAACAGAUGUGCUGUCAUCUGGGCUUUGUUGUCCUAUUGAUAGAGCAUAGGGAGAGUAAACUUCGCGUAAUUGUUAAGGGCCCUAGGUUUUUGGAAUGGUAAAUGAAAGAAAGCCUCAACUUAAAGACACCAGCUGCAUUAGCUGUUGGAAGGCUGUUUCGUCUACAUCAAAACCCUGUUGUUCAGUGUAACCACCUUUGUUCGUGGUCUUAACUGGAUCCUCCGGGUAACUUGCUGCAGCUGCUACAUCAGCACUUGCUGCUUUACUGGCACUUCGAUGUCCUGGAGGCAGCUUCUUUCCCCAAACCUCAUGAACCACCCUCUGCUGCUUUUCUUGCAGCUUCCUCACCUCUCGGCUUUCACAGAAUUGAAGAGAGUUAGGAUCUUGCUCUGGAUUGGGCUUUGGCCUUGAAGGAAUUAUGUGGAUGGUUUGAUCUUCUCUCCAGACCACUCAGACUUUCUCCGUAUCAACAGUAAGGCUGUUUCACUCUCCUAUUCAUGUGUUCACUGAAGUAGCACUUUUCAUUUCCUUUCAAGAACUUUCCCUUUGCAUUUGCAACUUGGCUAACUGGGACAAGAGGUCUCGCUUUUGGCCUGUCUUGGCUUUCGACAGGUCUUCCUCACUAAGCUGAAUCAUUUUUAGUUUUUGAUUUAAAGUGAGUGACAUGUGACUCUUCCUUUCACUUGAACACUUAGAGGCAAUUGUAGGGUUAUUAAUUGGCCUAAUUUCAAUAUUACUGUGUCUCAGAGAAUAGGGAGGCCUAAGGAGAGGGAGACAGAUGGGGGAGAAGCCAACGGGGACAGUCAGAACACAUACAACAUUUACCAGUUAAGUUUGCCAUCUUCUGUGAACAUGGUUUGUGCCCCCCCCCAACAAUUACAGUAGUAACAUAAAGAUACUGAUCACAGAUCACCAUAACAAAUAUAAUAAUGAAAAAGCUUGAAAUAUUGUGAGAAUUACCAAAAUAUGACAGAUAAAAAUGAGCAAAUGCUGUUGGAAAAGUGGCACCACUAGACUUGCUUGAUGGAGGGUUGCCACAAACCUUCAUUUUGUAAAAUUGCACUAUCUGUGAAGGGCAGUAAAGCAAAAGCAAUGACGUGAGGUAGGCCUUGUAGUUGUCCAUCUGAUCGACUACACAAUAUUAUGCUUUUUGGGGUUUUUUGGUUUUUUGGUUUUUUUGGUAGCUUCUACUCUCCCAAAAAGGUAUCUAAUAUAUUGGGGACUCAAAAAACAGUGGAAACAAAACCAAAUUGAACCUAAAUCUGAUCAAGCCUGUAGAUCUAACAACCAAUUUAUAUGAA